CCUAACUCCACCCUCAGGGCUUUUAUACCUCGCUAGCAGCAUUCAAACCAAUCCUGAAAACCUUUGAUUGCUUUGCUUUGAGUAAAGUAUAACCAAAUACCUCAGAGGAAGUUUGAGAAGGAGCGCUCGACGAGAAUAUAACUUUAACAUCUUUAAUCAUUCACAAACAAGGAAAGGUACCUGCCUCAGGCUGCUGGACAGACAGGCAAAUAAAGCAUCAUUCAGCCCACAAUCCUUUACCCCACAAUGGCUAGUCAUGGUACUAAAAGAAAGCGUAGUAAUGAACAAUCUGGUUCAAGUGCAAAGUGUCCUGAAAGCAGUUCGCAGGACCUCAGAACAGAUUUAAUCAUGAAGCAGACAAAGGAUGUAAUUAAAAAUAUUAAAAAAAGCAUUGCAGUCCAAGACUCAACUGACUUAAAGACCUAUAUUUUAGACCAGAUUUCAAAUAUGGAUAUGAUGAACAAAUCCAAUAAAAGGAAGAAGGUAACCAUAGGGAUUUUUGGAAGAUCUGGAGAAGGUAAGAGCUCCCUUCUAAACGCAGUCCUUGGAGAAAGAUAUCUGCUUCCAUCUGGUUCUUCUGGUGCAUGUACAGCCAUUACUACACAAGUGGAAGGGAAUCUGACCGACUCUGACUACAUAGCAGAGAUUGAAUUCAUUUCUAAAGAGGAGUGGGACAGUCAACUCAAAGAUCUUUUGUUAGAUUUGUCUGAUAAGACCGAGGACAAGAAUGAUGACAUGACUAAAAUUGCAAUAGAAAAGAUUACUGCACUGUAUGGUGCUAAUGCAUUCAAAAAAACACUGGAUGAGCUCAAAAAAGAUGCCAAAUCUGCUAAAAUCGACAGACUUCUGCUCAUGAAAAAGAAAACAAUUUCAAAUGCUGAUAGCUCCAGCUUUGCCAAGGAGAUUUCUCAGUUCAUACAGCAUAGUCGAUCAAAUCCUGGUAACUGGUAUUGGCCCCUGGUGAAGACCGUAGGGAUCAAGAUUCCCAACCCUCUCCUGGAGCACAUUGUCUUUGUUGAUAUUCCUGGGACUGGAGAUUGCAACAAGACAAGAGACAGCCUAUGGAAAUCUAAACUAGGAGAGUGCUCUGUAGUGUGGAUCGUGAGCGCUAUCAACCGAGGCACUACAGAUGAAGACCCCUGGGAAAUAUUAAAGCACUGUGUUUACUACAUGACACAAGCAGGAGAGUGCAACAGCAUUAACUUCAUCUUUACUAAGACUGAUGAUAUGGAUCCAGAAGAAUACAUUAGAAAUGAAUGGCCCAGUGAAGAGGAAAAACCAGCCAAGGAUCAGAAAACAGAAUGCAUACGUAUGAGAAACAUCUGCUCCAAGAAGACAGUGAAAGAAAGCUUUGAAAAUUCAAAAUUAAAGAAAAAAAUGACUCUGAAUAUUUUUACUGUAAGCACAAGGGCAUUUUUUGACAAAACAUUAGGCAUGGAGCUCAGUGACACAGAAAUCCCAAAGUUGCAGGAUUUCUUGAGGAAUCUUAACAACAUCAUCAACAAAGAACUGGUCAGAGAUUAUGUCAAUGAAGCAAAGGGGAUUUUGUCCUUGAUCAAAAGCGUGCAGUCGGAGACAGAAAACGUGGUUCAGACAGAGGUCCACAAUAAAUUUGAGCAGAACCUCUGUAAGGCCCUGGAGAAGUUAGGCUGGCAGUUUGACAUGCUCUACUGUGUUCUGGAGAAGUGUCUCUCAGAUGGAGUGGAAGAGUCAGAGAGUUCAUAUCUUAUCAGUGCAGGCUCCAUUAUAUCACCUAAUUUACCCCACAAAGGAGGAUUUCAUAAAAUCCUCAAGGCUUUGUGUAAAAAUGAUGGCUACCACUGGUCAAAUGCAUGGAGUAUAGACUUGGAUCUAAACUUGAAAUUGACCGAAUACAUGCACAAAAACAUUGAGGAGGAGUUUGAUUCCAUUUUUCCAAACCAUUGCAAAACAGGGAAAUCAGUGCAAGAACAGAUUGAAAAAUUCAGUAUCAUCCAAAACUGCACCGAGCACCCCAGAGCUUCGAUUUAUUACCACAUCGACAACUUCAUCAGAAGAGAGGAAAUCAAACUCAAGAUGGAGCUCAAGAGAGAAGUUAUUGAAAGAAAGAAGGAAAUGUCCUUAUGUAUCACAAACACGAUUAAGGAUGCAAUGGUUCCCUAUUAUGAAAAAGCUGCAAAGAUCCAUGGAAUAGGAUCCUUGAAGAAAAUGCAGAAUACUCUAACAGAAGCAAUUGAGAAUUUAAAAGAUGACAUGUUCAAAGAGGCAAAAGCAAAAAUGCUUAUGAAGUUCAGAGAUUUGGAGCAACAUAUAAAAGAUGUUCUGGAGUCUGGACUGCAGAGGUCAAUACUCUUGCUGUCAGAAACUGGCAAAAUCAAACUGGAUGUUCUUGAAGACAUUAAAGAGCUUGAGAACCUGUUAAAACAACUGUGUGACUGAGCAAAGAUUCACACGGAACAAGGACCUUUGAUUUCUCAGUGGACUGCUAUAUUUAAAAUGAUACAUACAUUGAAUAGUGGGUUUGCAGGUGUUUUUUUUUUCCAACAUUUCAUACUUAUAAUAUAUAUGUUAUGAAUAGGGAUGUACUGAUCAUGAUCAGCCGAAAUGUUUGGCAUUUUGUCAGUAAAGCUAGUUCUGUAAUCAGCAGUAAAAGCCAUCUGGUGAGUGAUUUCACCGGCACAGAUUUUACUAAACCACCAACACUCUGACCGAUCAUUGUCUGGACAUGCCUAGUUAUGAAAGAUUAUGCAUGCAUUUCAUAUGGUAAGGGGAACAUGCCUUUAAAAUAGGCCAAAACUAAUGUCAUAUUUUUCUGCCGUUGUCUUUUGAUUAACAAAAACAUCAUAGUAGCUCAAAACUAAGUGUUUGUGUCUGGGCAAACGAAGAGCUAUCUAUGAUUUAUCUUCUGCUAUAUCCUACGCAAAACUGUAAUAUGAUGCCAGAUGAUGUUACUAGAUGCUUGCUGCUUUCCUUCAUAUGUAAAAAGUAACAAAACAAAAACAAAAAUUGUUAUUCUUAUUCUUUAUUGUUUAAAGUGGUCAUUUAAAAAAAAAAAAGAAAUUUUUGUUUUAUUAAUAACAUUUUCAUUGCGAUUUUAAAUAUUAAAACUUAGACUUAAUAGUGAGCAGUUAUGGAAAUCAUACGUUAGCAGUUGUCAGCAUUGUGUAGGCGUCCACCUACUUUUAGCACCCUUUGUAGUGUACUGUAUAUGCUGUGCCACACUGCUAGUUUAGGAAAUGGAUACAUCAAUAAAUCAAUGAAACAAUAAACAAAUAAUUAUUUCAAA